GUCAAAUUUAUUCAUAAAAUAUACCGUUGGAUUUGUCUCUUUGAGACCUAUCCAUAAAAGUCAAUCUUAACCAAAAUCAUUGACUCUUAAAAUUCCUUUGUUUUUGGUCAAACAUAGAAAUAAUAUUUUUGUUGAGUCAAAAUAUUGUUUCUAAAAUACUUUUAUUAUAGAAUAACUUUUAGACCAUGUUUUGGGGCGUUAGAGGCGCCCCCUCAACGGAUUCGAGCCGUUCCUUAGGUUUCGCGUGACGUCUCGCACGAUCUCCACUAAAAGUAAUCAUGGCCUACUGUUUCGCCUUCCAACCUUUUGAUAAAACUGCCGCUGGACGCCAUUCUUCCUACCCUGCUACACUUGCUUCUUCACUUGCUCUUCCGCCAUUACCCAACCCAUUUUCCUUCUACUUCAGGUCAGUUCCCCCUUUUACCAUCAUGAUUGUCUCUCAUUCUAACUUGGCUUCUCUGUCAUCCAGUUCUCGCCAAGACAGUCACUCGGCCUCUGGCCAUGACCAAGGUCAUGGGGAGUGGGCGUCCUACGCCAGCCUUUCCCAGCGAUCCAGCAAACUCUUCACUAGCGACAAGAAAGGGUCGACCAAGGACUGGAAGCCCUUUUUUGUCUUUGUCUCGACGGGGCCCGAAUCUCCUUUUACGAGUUCAGGGCUCCCAUACUUCCGUUGCAUUCCGUGUCUUCAACCCAACGCCACUCUCCUAUCCAUAACCCAGGAACUCUGCGGCCAGGGGGCCGUCGAGAUUAAGGUGGUAACCAAGGAAUCUCUAGCAGCGCUGGGGUUUGUGUUUGUCCAAGACAAGCAUCACCAUCAGCCUGACUUGCUAAGGGACUUCCCCGGGGGGAGUGUUGACAUUGGCCCUUUUAGUAAUUUUUUCCUUCUCCAUCAGGGAUCUCAAAUUUAUCUCUUCAGGUACUACCUGUUCCACUUGUUUUCAGUCGAACAAGAGGGGUUGGAAGAAGAGAUGGAGGGUGAUCUCUUGAUCAGCCACUUCAUUGCAGGGAGGAAGAGGAAGAGGGAUGCAGCCCGGCAGAGCAGGAGCAAGCGUUCUUCCUCGCACGGAAAAGAUAGCCCCCGGCAGGAACAUGUUGUGAUCGAGGUGGAGGAUCAGGACGACGUGGCCCUCUCGGAGGGACCUCCCUCCCCACCCGCAGUGACCUACGAGGUGGCGACCGAGGGUCUCUCGACAAGGUUUAGCAUUCCUCCCCCGUCCCCAAGUCUAGGGGACAUACAGCUGGAGACCUUGGCCACCCUCCCUGCUCAAUAUCGAGCUCGAAUCUCGGCCGGUUCUGAUGAUGACCUCAACAACAUGGUUCUUCUGAAGCUUAGUCAGACCACGCUAGGGAUGAUCGAGCUCGUCGGCUGGAGGCAGGAUUGCCAAGCGGCUAUGGAUGAGGCGAAGAAAGCUGCAGAAGAUAAGUAGAGGGAGCUGCAGGAUGAGGUCGCUUGGCUUGCGAGGUAGUUGGAGGAGGAGAAGGGUCGCUCCGCCAACCUAGAGGUGGAGAAUGCCUCACUGUCUUCUGAGGUGGGGUCCGUUUCUGCCCGAGUAGCCGAGCUGGAAGGAGAGAAGGCCGAUCUUAUCUAGUAGUUGGAGGCCGAGAGGAGCGACCAGGCCCAUCGCCUCGAGGAGGCAGUCGAGUCCUUCAAAUCUUCCCCCGAGUUUACCACGGUCGCCAUGGAGCGGAUGGACAAGCUGGUAGUCGAGUUGCUCAAGACUUGGCCAGG